UUUCAGCUAAUUCAAAUGACACAUAGUGUGUCUACAUUGUCAUGGUUAUUAACUCCUGAAUCACUAAAGAAGUAUGAAGCAAGAGAGAUUAUUAAGAAAUAAAAUGCACAGAGCAAGAGACCUUUUUAGCAGCACAUGGCCAAUUCGUGGCUUCUGGACAGGAGAGAAAAGAACACUAUUUUUAGUUAGAAUUACAAAACUGUCCUUGCUAAUGCAUAUACAGUGAAGAAACAUAAUUUUAUCUUGUUUUUGAAGGCGGUGUUGAGUAAAGUCUUGGGGGUGUUCCUGAUUGUCCUGAGGUACAUUUAUCUCUGGAACCUCCUAUAAGAUACAGCGGUCAGCAAGAAUGAAUGUGGCCUAAUUGUAAUUAAUUGCAGCUAAUUAGUACUGUAUCUUUUUUCCACAUUUGCCAUAAAUUUGCCUUGAGCAAGGUAUCCUUUGACCAUUGGUUUACCUGAGUUUGAAAUCAAGUUAAUAGAAAGCUCUGUUGGAUACUUCCUAGGGUAAUGACUAUGAAAACUGGGACUAAGGCAUUUAUUCUUCAAAGAUCACUGUUCAUAAUAAUGAUUUUGGCUGUCAGCUAUGCUUGUUGUCACAGAUGCCAGAAGUGCAUUUUUAUUUGCAAAUGCUUUUUUUCUUUUUUUUCCCUUCCUUGUGCCUGCAUGUUGUAAUACAAAUAACACAUAUACUGUGAUUCCCAGGGAAGUUUGGAAGGAUGAUUUUUAUUUGAGCCACUUUGAUGAUUUCAUAGGAAUACUGGAAACACCUUUGCAAGUGUCAAGUUUAAUUUCUGAUUCAUUUUGUACAGCAAAAAUGUGAUUACUCUCCCUGAGAUUAUACCCAUGGGUAACAUAUAAAAUGCAAUUAAGUGAACAGCAUCCUGAUUUUCCUUAGCUUGCUCUGCAGUCAUACUGCCUCAAGCUGUGUCCUUAUUAGGCAAUAAUGAACUUAGACAUAAUGGGUUAGGAUGACCUUGCUUGAGAGGGCUCUAAGGAAUAGAUAAUUCCUGUAGUUCCUGGUCCAGCAGAGUGGUGCCUCCUUGGUGAUAUCAUUGGACAAGUGAUCUUCAACCCACAAUAUUCUAGACAGAACACAUCCAACUGAGUGUGACAUACUAUUGGAUUAUAAGUAUCUACUAACAUUUUUACAACCGGCGUAAUUGCUACAUGAUUUUCUUCUAAGUGAUUAAUUAAAUGUUGCAGUAGAAACAUGAAAAAUAUUCUGACCUCCAGCUAAACUAGUUAUCAGAUACUGGAAUUUUGCUUUUCAGAGUUACUGAAUAUGCCUUGUAACUACUUUAGCUGACCGAACAGAUGCUAGUUUUUGAACGGAGACAUUAAAGGAAGGUCUCAGUUUACAAGUGGGUUUUUUUUGUUUUGGUUUGUUUUUCCAGUCGUGUCACACUGUUUGGUUACUGUUUACACAUAUUGUGUUUCAGUGGUGUCUUUUAAAACAGAGCAAUUUCUCAAAAUAUAGGAAAUAAAUGCUGCAGUUUGUAGCAGUUACUGCUAUGCCUAUGCAGUAAUUUGGGAUGCAGUUAGAUAGCAAGAGCUUCAUAAAUAAACUGUUCCUGUGAGUACCAACUCUGGAAAUCCAUGUUGUGAAAAGUCUCCCUUUAGUUGCACUUGAAAGAUGAAACUAGAAAUACCAGCCAGAUGUCUCAAAAGGAGAAAAACAUAGUCAUGAAAUGCUUUGAUGAUGAGAAGCAAGUGAUUCUCAUAACAUUAAAUCAGUAGAAAUAGCAGAAAGUAUAAACAGUAUCAUCAUGCCUUAUGUUGGUUAUGGCUGCUUUUUUAAUAAUAUGGAGUUUCCAUAUUAUGUUUUCCCACAGUACUGCCCGAUGAGAGAGAAUUUCAAUAUGCUGCUAAAAUGAACAAUUUGGAUACCAUGGAAAAGCUGUUUAAAAAGAAUGUUAAUAUAAAUGCUGUAGAUACUGUGAGUAUGAAGUGCCGGACAGAUCACUGAUAUGACGGAUGACUCCUUGGGGUUUCAUGGGGGAAUGCCAGCAUACCCCCACAGUUGUAAGGUGGUGAGACUGCAGAAGUGCCCUCUAGGACCUGAUGCAGAGUCAUUUCCUAUGGCCAUUAUGGACAUUAAGAUUGUACAGCAUAACUCUCAGGUUUUGCAGUAGUCACUGGGAGCUAAGGACUUCUCAGCUUUGUGCCUGCCCUGGUGUUUCCUCAGAGCUCUAAUUUCUCAAGUUCUCCAUUGUUCUGAGUGGGAUGACUUUACCUCACUUUAAGAAUGGAUUAAUGCUCCUAGCGUUACAAAUUUCUAGAAAGAAGUAUUACUCUUUGGUCUGCAUGGAACUGUGGGAGCAUUCUACAACAUCCUCAAUCUCCAGCCUGAACUUGGAGUUCGUAUUUACCCUAGAUACACAAAAAUGCAUUUCUUAUGCUGACUUCAGUGCUAGGCCUAAAAUCUAAGGACGUAUACUUCACAGCAGCUAAAUAUAUCACUGUGUUCCAUGUGAGAGGUAGUUCAACAGCAACGAAGCAGUCAUACUAAUCUGGGAGUUUUGCAUAACAGCAUCCUCUCAAUGGCUACAUAUAAAUCAUCUACCCAUGAAUGUCCAAUGUUACUUGUUCUGGGUUCUGAAAAAAACUGCUUCCCAUGCACACAUGCAUUUUCACCCACUGGGGAAUUCAGAAGCUGGUAUAGUGCAUUUGCUUGCUUUGAAACAGACAAGAAGAUAAACAUUUCCUCUGAGCACACUUCUCUUGAAUACUGAGAGUAUCACUUGCAUUAUACCCUAAAAGCUGAAGCGCACAGCGCUACAUUUUGCUGUUGCGGGAGGUCAUUUGUCCGUGGUGGAUUUUCUUCUUCAUCAUAAAGCUAGACUUGACAUGGCAGAUCAGCAUGGCCUGACAGUGAUUCAUCUUGCAGCUUGGACUGGAAAUCUGGAUGUAAUGCGAAAAUUAGUUAAAGCAGGUGCUGAUCAAAAGGCUAAGAACGAGGAAGGAAUGAAUGUACUGCAUUUUGCAGCUCAGAGCAACAGCAUUAAAAUAGUUGAUUAUUUCCUGCAAGAUCUUCAUCUGAAUGACCUGAACAAACCUGAUGGGAAGGGUAAAAAGCCGUUUCUUCUGGCCUCUGAAAAAGGCCAUGUUGACAUGAUAAAAAAAUUGAUCUCUCUGAAGCUAUUUACGUCUGAAAAAGAUGAGGAGGGAAACACAGCAUUGCAUUUAGCAGCCAAAAAUGGUCACAGUGGAGUUGUAGAAAUUCUGCUUGAACAGUGGGAAAAUAUAAAUGACCUCAAUCAGAAUGGAGAAACUCCAUUUUACUUGGCUGUUGAAGGAGGUAAUGAAAAAUGUGCUGAACUCUUACUGGAGGCAGGGAGUGACAUCAAUGUUUCAACUCAGAACAAUAGCGGUGCUUUGCAGGUUGCAGUUCAGAAUGGACAUCUAUCCUUGGUUACUUUUCUUAUUGAUAAGAAUAUUGACCUGGUUGCUAAACCUGAGCAGAAGAAUUCCCCUCUCCAUUUAGCCAUUAUCAGUAAUAAUCUACCGGUAGUAAAAAGCCUUUUGGAUGCCAAUCACGACAUAAACUCCUUAAAUCACAGGCAGGAAACCCCUCUACAUCUGGCAGCUGAUCUUGGCAAUGUGGAGUUGGUGGAAGUGCUGCUGAAGUCAGGCUGCAAUCUCAAGACCACGGAUAAGCACGGAAAAACUGCACUAGCCACAGCAUCAAGGAGCCAUCAUGCCCUCAUUGUAGAUAUGAUCAUUAAAGCAGAAAGGUAUUUUACCAUGAAACAGACACAGCUAGCCCAUAGUGGUAAUGGGUCAGACUUCGGUGUGUCCUUCAAACAAGAUCACAGUACACAAACCAAGCAAAUCCGUUCCUCCCUUUGGAAUCUAGCAUACAACCAAUUAAAACCCCACGAAUGGAAAAAACUGGCUGUGUUCUGGAAGUUCAGUGAUGAACAAAUUAAAGCUAUUGAAGAACAGUGGACAGGGAAAAAAAGUUACAAGGAACAUGGAAACAGAAUGUUGCUCAUCUGGUUACAUGGUACAUUGCUGGCUCAUCAGAAUCCUGUUAAACAUCUAUAUGAAGAUCUGGUGGAAGCAGGACUUCAGCCUUUAGCUGAGAAGAUCCGAGCUUCAGUUUGCAUUGACAUGGACUCCAGGAAAUGUGUAAUUUCAUGAAUUCAUCAAUAAAGCAUGGCAUAUAUCAUGGAAUUACAUGCCAGAUGGAAAGUGGCUUUCAAAUAUCUUUUUGGGAAACAAAAAACCUAUUUUGAAGUUGUACAACUUUUUCCACCCUAGAAGAACUUGCAUUUCUCAAACGGUUACCAUUUUUUUUCAAAUGCUUGCUAUAUAGAAAUGUAAAAAAUUUGAGCUCAAAUGGCUGACUGGCAGUUUAUAACUGCCAAGCAAGACUCACCACUUAAAAUUUUUACACCCGACCUAACAGUGAUAAAGUAAUGUUGUAUUGAAAUUGCAAAUUAAGCUACUUUGUAUUUGACGUGAAAUGUAAAUAAGAUGUUUUUUACAUGAAAAAAAAAUGAAUCUAAUAAGUGAAGAUUAUGUAUAUAAAUCAAUUACCACUUCCAGAAAUAACCUGGCAUCUGACCUCAUGUGGGAUUCAGGUUUUUACAAAUUCUUGCUAUGAUUAUGACAAAUCUUUCUAUGUAGUGAAGAAACACAAAAAUGUCACAUGUAAACACCACAUGUGGUUGGCUGCAGAACUUUCUAUCAUGGUGUGACGCUGUACAUAUACCCCCAAAAGAGCAUUUGAUAUUUAAUACUCAACACAUCUAGCAAUUAUUUACCUAUUUCUUGUUCCUGUCUUGAAUUAAUACUUGGCAGUGUCCUGCUGAAUAUGUUUAAAGGUUUUAUUACUGAAUAUAUUUAAUAUCUGAAAAAUUAUGUAAAUGUCUUUGUGAUCUUUUUUAUAACAUAGCAAUAGUUUUAUCAUGUAAUGGAGGAACUGAAUUGCCUUUUCUGUUUGAAUAUAGCUAGCAUCAUUUUGUGCUGAAUCCUAUCCUACUGUUUGUACUAAAAAGGUCAUCUGUAUCUUAGUCUGAAGUCCUAUUCCAAACUGCCCUCUUGUGUGCAACCUUUUUUGACUUUGUUGCAUCCCAGAAAGAUGAAGACCAGACCAUUAAAUCCUAAGGUUUUGGAAUUAGGGAUCUAAAGUACAGAUGCUUGGAACCCAUUCAUCAAGUUCUGCAACAUAAACUUGGAAAAUGAAAAUGUUUAAGAAUUUGAUGGACUAGAUACCUCACCUAGCCUAAAUUGGACCCUCAGUGUGGAUGAUGCAACCCUGCUGUUUUCCAUUUAAAUACACUGGUGUUGGAUAUAAUUAUGGUGCAUGUCAAGUACACUUACUUGCAUAAGCAACUAAAA